GCUACCAAUGCGUUACCUUGAAUCGACGGAUAUCCUUUCAAAACGUCAGUGUUUCACAGCUAGCAAACGUUUCCUGUACUAUCUGCUGCACAAGUCUUUCUGGAAAACUACAAACUUCCCCGAUUACUGAUCACUGCAGUAGGAUUAUUAUAACCGAAGAUCUGCACUUAAGUGCUGGACCUAAAAAGCGCAACAUGGAAACUACAGGAAAUGAACCGAAUCAAACGGUGCCAGUCACGAUGACAUCACCGCCGGAAUAUUCACCGAGUGGUCAGGUUGAUUCAUCGUAUUCACAGAAAGACGGUGCCCACUACCCGCCCCCACAACCCAUGCAGCCGAUGAUAAUAUACCAACAACCGCCCACCGAGGUGUACUCAGCCACUACAGCGAUGAUUCCUGAAUCGCAGAAUCUCAUAUUUCGCGACACGCCAUUGGCCACACACUGCCAUGUAUGCCAAACUAACGUGAUCACGAAGAUCAAACACGACGAAGGACUGCUAACGUGGCUGAUUGCCGGUACACUGUGUUUGUUUGGCUGCUGGUGUGGAUGCUGUCUGAUCCCAUUCUGUAUUGACGAGUGCAAGAACGUUGUACACUCGUGUCCGAACUGUAACCACGUUGUUGGAAUAUACAAGAGACUUUAAAGAAACAAAUAAUGUCUAAACAAAUGACUUCGAAAUCACGUGCUGCAAAUGAAAACACAAAAAGCAGACCAGCCAAACAUACCGGGUCGACACAUAUACAAACAAAGCUAAAGUUAACUUAAUGUGAACACUAUGUCAAUCACUUCGAAAUCACGCGUUG